UAAUUAGUACUACACACUAUCUCUCUCACUGCAACGACUUCAACUCAUCCACCGUUGAAUUGAAGAAUCUACCCCCAAAUUUCACUGCCAAAAAAAUCAAAACAAACCUCAGAAUUUGAGGAAACAAGUAGAAAAGAGGAGAAGACUCUGUUUACUAGUGGCUCGCAUUCCCCAAAAAUCAACUCAAUCGACUUUUUUUAUUUUCUUCGGUUUCCGUGUCGCUCUUGAUUUCAGUUCUUGCUUCCUUUAGCUAGAUUAGAUUCAUCUCUGCCAGAUUUAUAAUUCAGAAUUUGCUUAAUUUAAGUGUUUACUUUUAAUUCGUAUUGUGGGGAGUUGGGGAUUGGUGUAGGGUUUUAUUUAUUUUUGAUGAGGAAUUAAUUAGGUUCUUAGUUGGUGAAUUUGGGGGAAGAAAUUCUAUGGAUCGGUGGUCAAUGGGCAUGAUCUUGCGGGUGGCUUAUUUGUGCUUGGUUCUGGUGUUUGCUGGAUUUUUGCAGGUUUCUGCAAACGUUGAAGGGGAUGCUUUGAAUGCGCUGAAGACUAAUUUGGCCGAUCCUAAUAAUGUUCUUCAGAGUUGGGAUCCGACCCUUGUCAAUCCUUGUACUUGGUUUCAUGUCACAUGCAAUAGUGACAAUUUUGUUACGCGUGUUGAUCUUGGAAAUGCAAAUUUGUCUGGCCAACUGGUUCCACAGCUUGGUCAGCUCCUUUCUUUACAGUACUUGGAACUUUACAGCAAUAAUAUUAGUGGAAGGGUUCCACCUGAGCUUGGAAACUUGACCGACUUGGUUAGCUUGGAUCUUUAUCUGAAUAAACUAACUGGUCCAAUCCCAGACACACUGUACAAGCUUCAGAGACUACGUUUCUUGAGGCUCAACAACAACAGUCUGACAGAACAUAUACCCUUUUCUCUGACUACCAUCAAUACACUUCAAGUCCUUGAUCUGUCAAAUAACAAUCUCACAGGACCAAUUCCAACUAAUGGAUCUUUCCAACUUUUCACUCCUAUCAGUUUUCAAGGUAAUCAAUUGGAAGCUCUUCCUCCACCACCACCUACAGUUCCACCGACAACCCCAUCUGGUUCUGGAGUUGGCAACAGUGCUACUGGAGCAAUUGCAGGAGGAGUUGCUGCAGCAGCUGCCUUUCUAUUUGCUGUUCCUGCGAUCGCACUUGCUUGGUACCGAAGACGGAAGCCACAAGAUCAUUUCUUUGACGUUCCUGCUGAGGAGGAUCCUGAAGUUCACCUGGGUCAGCUCAAAAGAUUUUCCCUACGCGAACUCCAAGUUGCUACAGAUAAUUUCAGUAACCAUAAUAUUCUUGGGAGAGGUGGAUUUGGUAAGGUUUACAAGGGCCGAUUGGCAGAUGGUACCCUAGUGGCCGUCAAAAGACUAAAAGAAGAGCGUACUCAAGGUGGAGAGCUACAAUUUCAAACAGAAGUAGAGAUGAUCAGCAUGGCUGUACACAGGAAUUUACUCCGUUUACGUGGAUUUUGUAUGACUCCUACUGAAAGGCUUCUUGUUUACCCUUACAUGUCUAAUGGAAGUGUUGCAUCAUGCUUACGAGAGCGAAAAGAGUCACAACCUCCUCUUGAUUGGCUAACAAGGAAACACAUAGCACUGGGUUCUGCUAGAGGACUUGCUUAUUUGCAUGAUCACUGCGACCCAAAAAUCAUUCAUCGUGAUGUCAAAGCUGCCAAUAUAUUGUUGGAUGAGGACUUUGAAGCAGUUGUUGGUGACUUUGGGCUGGCCAAACUCAUGGACUACAAGGAUACUCAUGUAACUACAGCUGUGCGUGGAACAAUCGGUCACAUAGCUCCUGAAUACCUGUCUACUGGAAAAUCAUCCGAGAAAACUGAUGUAUUUGGUUACGGGGUCAUGCUUCUUGAACUCAUCACUGGGCAAAGAGCUUUUGAUCUUGCUCGACUUGCUAAUGAUGACGACGUCAUGCUACUGGAUUGGGUGAAAGGACUUCUCAAGGACAGUAGAUUGGAACCAUUGGUCGACCAAGACCUCGAAGGGAAUUACAUUAAAGAAGAGGUGGAGCAGCUUAUCCAAGUGGCUCUGCUUUGCACGCAGGGUUCUCCGAUGGAACGCCCCAAAAUGUCGGAAGUAGUGAGGAUGUUGGAAGGCGAUGGGUUGGCCGAGAGGUGGGAGGAGUGGCAGAAGGAAGAGAUGUUCCGUCAGGAGGUCAACCACCACACGAAUUUGGGAACUGAAUGGAUCAUCAUGGACUCCAUGUCGAACGUCCGUCCCGACGAACUGUCCGGGCCGAGAUGAUCGCCCCAGCUCUCUCUGAGUGUGGUUUAAGCUUUUACAGUUUUGUAUAUGGUUAUCUUCCUUUUCCCAUUGUAUUCUUAUAGAUCUUCUGUUUGGUUUCCCCAGAAUUUUGUUGAUGCAGGGAAUGUUUAUAUACCUCAUAGGUGGCAAGUUGUAAUUUUAUGUGUCGAAACAAACUCAAGAUUCACUGCAGCUAUUGCAGAGAAAAGCACCAAUGUAAUUAUUUUUCAGACAUUGAACUCAUUUACACUGAAUUGCCCAA